AUGGAAGGUGAGGAGGGCUUAUUUCAAUCCUGCCGUUCUCGGAAACGACGCCGGGAUCGUCAGAACUCGGACACCUGCAGCUCUGGUUCCGAGUCUAGCCCGGAAGACACGAACACUACGUCUGAGCGAGCGCCUACUGGAAAAGUCGUGCUUAUCGUGCCAAAAAAUGGCUGCGUUUCAGUGAAGUCCUUCAACGCCGUCAAGCUGUCCAAAGAACUGGACGCCCUGUGUCCGGGCGGCGUCUUGAAGGUCCGUCCGAACUAUCGGGAGAACAUUCUCGCAGUCGACUUCAAGACUUCCACCAGCGCCGCGUCGCUGCUUCGCAUCAGCAGUAUCUGCGGCGUGCCCGUCGAAACGUACGAACCGCGCUCUUCGGCCAUGAUCAUGGGCGUCAUCUACGGCGUUCCAGACACCGUAACGGACGCGGAGCUGCAAGCGGCCUUGCGUUCGGACGCGCCUUUGGUCCGUAUCCGCAGACCACCUGGCUCGAACAUCGUUAUCCUCACGUUCGAAUCCCCGUCACUGCCCGAACGGGUGUUUGUAGGCCACGUCGAGUGCAAGGUACGCGCCUACGUCAAGAGACCGACUCAGUGCAAGACGUGCGGGCGUCUCGGACAUGUCUCCGGAGCCUGCGUCGCUCGCGACACCUGUCUGCGUUGCGGCGCCAACCACGGGGGUGGGGCCUGCACCGCCCAGAAGCCGUGCUGCAUCAACUGUGGUAAUGAGCACGUCUCGACGUCCAAGUUAUGUCCCUUGUGGAGGGAGCGCUUCGAAGUGGCCAAGUAUAGACAGACGCACAACGUCGACUUCAAGACGGCCAGGGCUGCCGUCCUCAAGUCACGUGUCAUUGAUGGAAAGCUGGCCCGACAGACCCCGGUCCCUCCACCUUGUAAGUCGCAGACCUGGAGUGUCCGGGCUCCAGCGUCGUCAUACUUGCACGAGCCAAAGCACCAUCUGAAAGAACCCGACGGCAUGUGCUCCAACGUUGCGGCACCGCCCAACGAUAACAUGGAGAUAUUUCGUCCGCUAGCGUCCCUGGCAGCCUAUCAGCGCCGCAGGCCUAAUAGCCUCAACUCCCAGCCCGCUUCAGAAGCCAGGGCCGUACCGAAGACGGGUGGCGACGAUUCUCACGUCACCGGGAAUACAUGGAACAGGUGCGUAAAAUAUUUAACUAAAAGCGACGUUAUUUUUUUUUCUUUACUGUCACUUUGCAAAAAGAAACACUGA